CUGGUGCUGGAGCGAGCAAUUGGAUUGAAAUGCAUGAAAAGGAAUUUGGUUGGUUAAAUUCAAUGCCAGUCAGUCAGACAGAAGGAACCUUGUCCUUAAAGUGAUUUAGCUCAGAAAACAAUUGUAGUUGAGAAAGUUUUUCAUUUUUCGUUGGGGGGUUGAAUGGGACAAGAAACUCUCUCUCUCUCUCUCUCUCUGUGAUUCUUAUCUACUCGAUGAUUGUUGAGAGUGAUAAAGCACAUCAAGAAUCGAAUUCCCUCCUCGCCUUGUUGGUCCAAUGGCAACAAAUGUUGUAAGCAAAAAUUGACGUAUGUCCUGCAUUUGUUGGUCACCUAGCAAUUUUUCCGUCUUAUGAGGGGGUGGUUAGUGAAUGCCAAAUGGUUAUUAUGUCAUGGAAAAUAAGUUUUGUCUUGUGACACUGAUCAGGGUCAUGAUAUCACUCAAAAUGCCAACAGUGUCCUGUCUGUGUUUAUGUUCUUUCUUAGGUCUUGAUCGAUUGAACUAGCGGAUCCAAACUCUUGUAUGCGUUUGAUUCACUAGUUUCUUACUCACGUAUGUGGAAUUACACUCUCUAGGAUUAGCUGUUAUUCGAUUCAGUAGCUUCUUACUACUGUUGGUGAUGAAAAUCGCGCAUCUUAUGCAUACUCUGAGUCUGGUAUUCUAACAAAGGCAUCUUGAGCUGAAUAAAAGCAGAGACCUUGCAGCUAGGCUAUCUGGAGUUUUAUUUAGGGAAACCUUUGGAACCUAACAACUGGUUAAUCUGCAUCUUCCCACAAGUAAACCGCGAGAUAAAACCUAAAGAAUGAAGAUUCUCUUUUAAGAUUUAUUUUAGGAUGUCAAUAUCUUGAUAAAGGAAUUCUUCCAACCGGCCAAUGCAAUUUCUGGUAAGGAGGUUGGAUUCUUUCUUAUAUCUCUGUAAAGAAGUAUCUAUAAUCUCGCUACUUUUUUUACCCUGCAGAUUCUCUCGCGAAAGUGUCUACUAGUAUUUUUUCUUAAAGUUCCAAAGCUGAUGGCCUCACCAGAUGUUGAUUCUCCAUGGUCAUCCUCCAUGGGUGAAACAUUCUGCGGCUAUUUCAAUAUGCAACUGGAGGAAGCAGAUCCAGCCAAUAUUUCACCUGCGCUGGAAUUCCCCUCUCCAUCCUCCUCCAAUAAUUGUAGUAUCCCCAAACCGCCGUCUCCCCCUGGUAAUACCUUUACAAGAUCCAAUCAUGCAAGAAUUCCAGAUUGUAGUUCAGUCCCGAAAGAAACAAAACAUACAUGGGAUAGCCUUUUCAAGGAUGCAUAUGGCGCAGAUGUUUACAUUUUUAUGGAAGAAAAUUCAUUCAUUAUGGCUCAUUCCAGUAUACUGUCCGCUGCAUCACCAGUGCUUCGUAAUAUAAUGCAUCAAUCAACAGUUAGGAAUGGUAUGAGGUACAUCAGGAUUGCUGGGAUUCCUAAUGAAGCUGUCCAAGCUUUCAUUCGCUUUCUUUACUCGUCCUGCUACGAAGAAGAAACGAUGAAGAAGUAUGUUCUCCAUUUGCUGAUUCUAUCGCACUCCUAUUCAGUUCCAUCAUUGAAAAGGGUUUGUACUCACUAUCUGGAGUAUCACUGGCUGACCAAAGAAAAUGUUGUAGAUGUGCUCCAGUUAGCUAGGUACUGUGAUGCACCAAGGCUUUCCCUCUUUUGUAUCCGCAUGGUUCUGAAGGACUUCAAAAGUAUAUCCUUGACUGAAGGUUGGAAAGUAAUGAAGCGUGCUAAUCCUGCUCUUGAACAAGAGCUCCUAGAGGCGGUUGUUGAAGUAGAUUCUAGGAAACAAGAGAGGUCGAGGAAGAUGGAAGAGAGACAGGUAUACUUGCAACUUUACGAGGCCAUGGAAGCGCUCCUUCACAUAUGCAGAGAUGGUUGCCGGACGAUUGGACCACGAGACAAGCUCCUCAAUGUAUCACAGCCUGCCUGUGGAUUCCCUGCUUGUAAGGGACUUGAGACCUUAGUACGCCAUUUUUCCAGUUGCAAGGUCCGCGUUCCUGGAGGAUGUGUUCACUGCAAGCGCAUGUGGCAGCUUCUUGAACUGCACUCUCGGAUGUGUGCCGAACCUGAUGAUUGCACGGUUCCUCUCUGUAGGCAAUUUAGAGUGAAGAUUCGGCAUCAAAGCAAGAAAGAUGACUCCAAGUGGAGAAUGUUGGUCCACAAAGUAAUUGCAGCCAAGAAUGCGUUGGGACCAUUUUCACCUCGGUGCUCAGGUUUAUUAUGAUGUCUUUGCAUCUUAAAAAAUCAUGCUGGUCCACAAGUUUAAUUCAUCCCAAUUCAAAAAGAAUAAAAAAAUCGCUGGGAGCUUAUAGUUUUUCUUGAAUGCUAUAAUCCUCUAUAGUGAUCUGUACAUGAGUUAGCUGGAUAUUGUAUAUACGUUACUUACAGUUGACUUUCAACUUUUCGUUUUUUUGUUUGUUUUUGGGAUCAGAUUGGUUUACUCCGUCAACCAAAAGAGUUUUAUCUUUUUGCAAUUGUA